GCGGAGAGAACGCAAGGGGAAAGAAAAAUUUCUCGCCGACGGUAAAGUACCCGACUUAUCAAUCUCUUGCCGCCUCCGCUUCCUCGUCCAGAUCCAAAUCCGAACCCUGAUCCGUGCGCGCCCAUGAAUUUCUUCAGCUCUGUCUUCUCGGCCCCCGUCGCGGAGCACGGUGACGAGGAGGGGGACGAGAAGCAGCGGGAGGGCGAGCAGGAACCGGCGGCGGGGGAGGGAGAGGAGGAGGUGGCGGGAGAGUCCGGCGGCGGGUGGAUCUUCGGCGGGCUGGUCAAGACGCUCAAGGAGGAGAUUGAGGAGCAGAGGAAAGAGCAGGAGGCCAUCGCCGCCGCGGAGGAGGCCCAGCGGGGAGCCGGGGCGGAAGCCCCUGCGGCGGAGGGGGAUGCUGACUCCGGCGGCGGGUGGAUCUUCGGCGGACUGAUCAAGACGCUUGCGGAGGAGAUUGAAGCGCAGCGGAAAGAGCAUGAGGCAGGCGCCGAGGGAGAGGGAGGAGCCGAGGCGGAAGCGGAAGCGGCGGCGGUGGAUGGGGAGGAAGUUGAGGAGGAGGAAGGUGAGGGUUCCGGCGGCGGGUGGAGCUUCGGAGGGCUGAUAAAGACGCUCGCGGAGGAGAUAGAGUCGCAGCGGAAAGAGAAUGAGUCCGCCGCCGCCACGGAGGAGGAGGGCGAGUGGGGAGCCGAGGCGGAAACCGCGGCGGCGGAUGAGGGGGAGGGUUCCGGCGGCGGGUGGAGCAUCGUGGGGUUGGUGAAGACGUUCUCCUCGCGGUCGGAGUCAGUGAUCGGGGGCUACCGCCGCGACCUUCAAGACCUCGGCUCCGGCCUCCGCCUCGAGACCGCCGCCCUCCGCGCAGCCGCCGCGCACGCCGCCGCGGUGCUCCCUGGCGCGCUACAGGCUGGUGCGUCCGCCGCCUCCGACAGGCUCGAGUCCGUCGGCCAGGCGGUCGACGACCUCGGCGCCGCAGCCGCCGUUCUCCUCUCGCACGCCAACGAGGCCCUCCGGUCCGCCGAGGCCAAUGCUGAGGAUGGCGACGGCGGCUCCCGCCCCUCCGACGCUGCCGCUUCUGGCGCCUCCUGGCGCUCGCCCCUGUCGUCCAAGAAGUACACCAGGUUUGAAGCCCAGGUCCUGGCGCUGCGAGCCGAUCCCGCCACAUUCACUGAGGAGCCCGAGGACUCCGAGGGGUUCGACAGGUGGAGGGGCUCCUUCUCAGUUGACGAGAGGAGGGAGGAGAUAGAGGCGGUGCUCCAGGAAAGCCCUGGACUGGAGAGCUUUGUGGAGAGGCUUGUGCCGUCAGUUGUGGAUUAUGAGACGUUCUGGAACCGUUAUUUCUUUGCGGUUGAGAAGCUCAGGCAGGCAGAGGAUGUCCGCACCAAACUCGUGAGCAGGGCCAUGUCGAAGGAGGAGGAUGAAGAACUCAGCUGGGAUGUCGAUGACGACGACGAUGACGAUAACAAUAAUGGUGAUCACAAAGAAGGCACAAACUUCAUGGUAGAUAAGAAAAAGGAGCAAAUGGCAGAACCUGUUAACCGUGAAACAGAGAGCAGUGGGAAACAAAAAGCAGUGGUUGAAAAUGAUUCGGCAGAAGACAAGGAGGUGGCCUUGGUGGUGACAAAGGACAGCACUGGUGAGGCAUCGACACCAAAGUCGAGUGAUGGGCCGGUGCAAGAAGAGAAGACUGAAGCUGGUGACUCGUCCAAGGAGAGUGAUUUCUCAGUGGUGUCUCGACAACCAGCACUGGAGGAUGAUCUUAGCUGGGAAGAGAUUGAAGAUGUCAGCGAUCAAGAUGAGAAGAAAGGGGCAAGUCCAAGGUCAAGCUCUGCUAGUAAAGUAGAUCUCAAAAAACGUCUUAAUUCUGUGGAAGAUGACGAGGACCUAAGUUGGGAUGUCGAUGAGUAGGAAGAACCUGUGCAGCCCUGAAUUGAGUGGGUAUGAAGGCCUUAAAGUAAAGAAACUACCACAGAAUAUGGUCUAUGGAUGGAUUGACAUACGUUGUAAAUAUUGCGAUGGAACACUGGUGAUUCAAAUUCAAUGGGGCUGUAUGUUUGAUCACUCCCCUUGUAACAUCUUUGAUAGAAUGGUAGUGUUCUUCAGUUAUGGUUGGUAAUUUGUUUCCACUUAGUAUUCAUUUGUUGCUAAUCGAAUAUGUACUACUUUUCA